UAGAUAUGGUAGGCUGCUUCUUGCUGUAAACUGGAGCGUGUAGCCGCACAGUUUUGCCUAAACUUAGAUGCACGCUUGAGUAUUCGUGUCUUCAUCUUUUUGACCUAAACAACCAAGCAGACAGGAUGCUUUUCGUUGCUGUCGUUGCGCUUCUUGCAGCUUUCCAGCCUCACUACUUUUUCUCACCUUCUGUCGGGUCAGGAGGUGGCACCUCAUUUGCUAUCACUGGAGAAGAUAGGAUCACAGCUGUAAGGGUCUGGGAUACCUACAGUGGCCACAUCAAAGGCAUUCAGUUCCGCUAUGGCUUCGUCUGGUCUUCCAUUGCUGGUUUCUCAUAUGGCGACUUACAUGAGCUUGAUCUGUUUGAUGAUGAAGCCAUCAUCCAGAUCUCUGGGAAAUAUGCCCACUAUGUGCAGUCAAUAGUGUUCAACACCAACAUGGGCCGCUCCCUGUUUGCAGGCCAGCCUGCCGGUACUGCUUUCAACAUGUAUCCUGAAAACAGUCAGGCCGAGCUGCGCUUCGUCAGUGGCCGUGUGCAUGGAGGAAUCACUUCACUUGGAGCACACUGGGCUGUUUUUGAUCCAAACUACAACCACACUGCACACUGAGGAGAGUAGCAGAGAAGUUUAUUGUCUUUGUCUGGGUAUUAAUGCUCCUCAGAAAGAUGUUAAGUUUCUACGUAAAUGGAAAUGUUGGCCUUUUAAUUUGUGUUUUCAGGACUAUUUGAAGUAUCAACAUACAAAUAUUCUGUAAUUACUGUUUUUCCUUCUUUGCCUAAUAAAGUAAUAAAGAUCGUGAUAACUGUAUAUCAGAUUGUGUAACUGUAUAAUGACUUGUGCAUAAAUCAUACCAUUACAGCUC